UCCGACUGCGUAAAUAUUCCGCGAAUUGAUAUAGUGCGUAACCCAGUUGAGUUAAUCACUACUGCACACGAUUAAUUUAUAAAUAUAACUAAAUCGAUACCUUGGAUUUAAUUUGCAUAUUGAUACUGGUGUGUAUUCACUCGAUAAACAUUAACGUGACGAGUAGGAACACUUUACAGAUUCAGCAUGAGAAGGAUAGCAGGGUUCACCCUGUGUUUACUGGUUCUCCAUGAAACAGCAGCCGACUUGUACCUACAUUCGCUCAGGGGUAGCAACAACAGAUUGAACGAAGCUACAGCGACCAGAGCCAACGCCAACAGAGUUUUUGAUUCACAGAACAACAACCGUGGUGGGUAUAAUGUUGGAGAUGUGGACAAAGAUAAAUCGGGGAACGACGAGGGCAAGCAGUACAGAAUGCAAUACUUCCAGAGUGGAUCAGCUACCCCAGGGGCCACUGACAAGAGUUACAUCACCCUGGAAUGGACCAAUCAGCACGGCUGUGGGGGGAGCGAGGACACUGACCCCCAGAAACAGAACUGUCACAUGGUCCUCCAAUACAUGUGUCAGGAUGAUGUGUCCUCACCCGUCGGUACCGCUGACACGCUUCGAAACGGUGUAACCACCCAGACGCCCAAUCACAACAGAGCUCAGAGUCUGCAGGAGACCAAGGCCACUGCCCAGAACCGGAAGAAUAACAACGUCAAUACCCAGCGAGUGCUGCAGGAAUCAUGGGAUUGGUACGAUAAAUGCUACAUGAGGGAGAGGAACAAAGGUUUGUUCACGGCAGACCAGGAACUGAAGAAGAACAACGGGCUCGGUGUCAGUGCUGCCAUCUACACCCGUCAAAAUCCCAAUGGCAAUCGCUAUGGUUACGAGUGCCCAGAGGAGCGGGACUAUUUCCCGUACUGGCACCCCACCCCCUGGACAGACAUCGCUGUCCUAACUGAUAACACCACCCUCUGCAGUUACUUUCAGGAGGGCAGUUUCAACAGAAAGGCAUAUGGAGAAUGUGUUGAAGAGUACGGGGACGGGAGCCCUAAACACUGGUCCAAAUGGAACAACGCACAGGAGUGUACAGCCAAUGGGGGCCAGUGGGUCGUGUUCAGCAGUUACAUCGAAAAAGCACCUCAGUACACAACAGCUGGUCAGUGCAAUUCUCAGCCGGAGCGAGGAAAUCGUUAUGUGUGGGCGGUACCUUACGAUGCCACAGACGUCACUAAGGCGGAGUGUCUCGUCCAGGCCCCACCUCUCGACUGUAAACAGGCCGACUGGUCAAGAUCAAACCAUCUAGGAAAUGGAGUGAAUGGUGAAGCUAACCGCUAUCAAUGGACCCUGCCUUUUUUCCCCUCGAACAGUGACAAACGAUGUGUAUUCAGAAUGAGAUACAACAUUUCCACAGAUGAUUAUGCUCCCUAUUCUACAGACAGCACCAAAAACUUAAAUGAUGGUAUUGAGGGCAUUGCUUCUCCUAUUGAGGAUAAUCCCUAUGUGGAUGUCGGAGGUCGAUCCGCUCUACGACUAAACAUCAACACGGACCAGACGGGACGUAUAUUUCAGGAUCGCAGUCAUGUCUUCAAACUUUUGUCUCGCCCUGCCGAAAUCAAGUCUGAUAAAAUCUUCAAUGUAAACGUACGAGGGAAACGUGGAAACAUCGUCCAAGUGUACCCAGCCGUGGAAUACGAUUUCAUUCCCAACAACCUGCAGAUGUCUGCAACAGACUCUGUGCAUAUACAAUGGACUGGGUCCAACUCUCACAACAACGGUGGAGGCGGCGGAGAUGGGCAAGCUGGAGAUGAAGGUCAAGGUCAAGGAGGCACUGACAGAUCCAACAUUGUACAGAUAGCUGAUCUGAAUGAUAAUUUCCCAAUGCCCUUUGAAAGGUCUAACAUGUGGAAUAAUGCCAACAUUCGCUGGAUUUAUCAUGGAAAAACUGAUGUCUCCGCGGAAAAUCUAGCAGUAACCAUGGCGUCUGCUGGUUAUUAUAGAUGUGUAAAGAAAUCAGACUGCCCAGAAGCUGAACACAACAACUACAUUGUGGAGACCAAGACCAAAAUGAACAAUUUACUCAACAACGCCCCCGCAUCCUUCCAAGGGGCCGUCCUGAGGUUCCAAAGGGGAACUUAUCAUUACAUGUCUACCAGAAACAACAACUUUUCCAACAGAAGUCAGAAGUCAACAAUAACUGUUGUCUAGGACUCAAGUUAUGUUUUUAUAACUGUGUACAUGUACAUGUACAUGCACAUACUUGUACCAUAUGAGAUUAUUUAUUAUUGAUAUUUGUGUGCGUGUCUGUGUGAGUGAAUGUUUUAUUACGAAUGUCAUAUCAAGUAUGUUUUUAAAAAAAUGAUGUUUUGCUUUUUUGUCAUGGUUUGUCUCAGGAUAGUUCAUAAACAUUCCUAAAUUAUGCAUAUUUACUAUUUUAUGAUUGCCCACUUCUGAUGAUAUUAAACUACAUUUUCUUGCCAAUUUUAAUAGUUGCCAUGUCAUUUGAAGUUAUAUUCAUUUGUCUGAUAUUUUUGUGUGAAUCAAUUGGCUGAGCUAGCAAAUGUUGUUAGGAAGAAAUUAUGACAACAGGUUUAUAAACUCUAUAGGUAACAUUUUCAAGGUCCGAGAGAAAGUAUUUAAUGAGUUUUAAAAUGUGAAAAUUGCCAUUUGGAAUCGACAAAUUAUCCUGGUAGCUACACACACCAUUUACAAAAUAAAUGCCAAUGAAAAAAUUGAUUAUCCAGUAUUGUUUCAAUUCAUCAGAAUGUUUUCAUCACAUCUGAAUUCAGUUCUACACAGCUUGUAUCAUUGUGUUUCACAAAUGUUGUUUUUCUUCAUAUUCUUGACACACUCCUUUGGGAUGAAAAUACUUAUAGUAUUUUAUCUCUGCAUGUGUAAUUUGGUGCUGUUUUGAAAUAUACAUGAGUGUGUAUUUAAGCUUUAAUUCACCUACAUAUACUGUAAAUUGCAUAUCAUUUAAAGCAUAAAGUUCUCUAUUUUUCUAAUAUAAAGGUCAAACAAUACUGCAGAAAGUGUGCAACCUUACAAGUUAAUUACCGGGUACAUUUAUUUACAUGUAUAUAUCCAAUUUACAGCCAUUUAUUAUCCUCACUUUCUUUUUCUGAAUGCUAUAAAUUUGUUUUUAUUGAUUGGACAAAAUUGUUAUAUUUAUAAAAAAAACAUUAUACUAAAACACAAAAUUCUUAGUGUUAAAAAACCUGAACCAUAAAAUUUCAUAAUUUUUUAUUAAGUUUAUUGAGGUUUUAAAAUACCUCUUAAGGUAAAGCAAAAAGGUUGAGAAGAUGAGGAAUGACACUUAGAAUUUUGUGUAUCGAUGACAAGGAUAGAGGAUGAGGCACAAAGUAAAAUGAUAUUUGAAAAUCAGAAAUUUGCACUAAAAUAGAUGAAGAUAUUUAUGAUUUUGUUAAAUAUAUUAAGUAUGAUUGAUGAUUAUGAUCACGUACAUCCAGUGAAAGAGCUCUACAAAGUCUGAAUGCUGUGUUAUUGUGUAUCCUGCUGGUUCAGGAACUCUUUAUAUUAUAUCUGUAUCUCUUUGUAUACUGGUCAUACCAAUAAAAUUUGUAAAAUUUUCUCAAUUAUUUUCUGUUGUCAAUUUGUAUACUUUUAUCAAUAAAACUUAUUAUUUCCAUCA